GUGAUGUCAGACAGCGGCUGGGUCAUGCGGAGGUCAGCAGCGGAGGAGGUUCACGGGGAGUUCACUCGCAUACAUUAGGCAACACCAUCGCUCGCUCUGACAUAACUAGUAUGAAGCAGGUUGAGUUGAGACAUUCGUCAAUAAAGAAGAGAUAAGAGGACGAAGUCCUGGGACUAACUUUGUUAUGCAAAACAGCCUCCAAAUCUGGUUGUGUUUAGCGGUUAUCGUCUCUCUGCGGCAACAUGCAAACCGUCUGUGGGAAAUAUAGGUCCGUUCCUGAGCGCUCACGCCCCUUUGAACGCAUCACAGACAUGUUUUACAGUUGAAACACCGUUUGCAUUAAACUCAAAACCGAGAGAAAAAACCCUGCUGUGAAGGAUUAACAUCGACACACGGACUUCGCUAAGACUGAAACCAGAAAAUGUUUGACUAUGUUGAAUUUCAAGCUUUCGGUCCGGGUGAAAUCAUGGACUUGUACGCUUCUACAUCCAGCCCGGCAUGCACGCUGCCGGACCAGGACCAGGAUCUGGCAGCCUUCUUCCCCGAGCUGAUCGAGGCGGACUGGCAGCAGCACCGGUGCUCGCAAUCCGUUGGAAGCCAGAGCUCCAGCUCCAGCUCAGACGACCUGUUCGCCAGCCCCGCCUCCCCGCUGCCGCCUCCUCGCACUUACAAGCCUUGUUUUGUGUGUCAAGACAAGUCCUCGGGUUACCACUAUGGCGUCAGCGCCUGCGAAGGCUGCAAGGGCUUCUUCCGCCGCAGCGUGCAGAAAAACAUGGUGUACACCUGCCACCGAGACAGAAACUGCAUCAUCAACAAGAUCACGAGGAACCGCUGUCAGUACUGUCGGCUCCAGAGGUGCUUUGCAGCAGGAAUGUCUAAGGAGUCAGUGAGAAACGACAGAAACAAGAGGAAGGGGAAGAAGGAGGCGGUGAAGAUGACCAUCAUGGAGACGUACGAGCUGACGGCGGAGCUCGGCCUGAUAGUGGAGAAGAUCUGCAGGGCUCACCGAGAGACCUUCCCCUCUCUUUGCCAGCUGGGAAAAUACACCACAAACUCCAGCUCAGACCACAGGAUCCAGCUGGACCUCGGGCUGUGGGACAAGUUCAGCGAGCUCGCCACCAAGUGCAUCAUCAAGGUGGUGGAGUUCGCCAAGCGAGUGCCGGGUUUCACCGGCCUGACCAUCGCCGACCAGAUCACUCUGCUCAAAACUGCCUGCCUGGACAUCCUGAUCUUGAGGAUUUGCACUCGCUACACUCCUGACAAGGACACCAUGACGUUCUCCGACGGACUGACCCUGACCCGCACCCAGAUCCACAACGCCGGAUUCGGACCGCUGACAGAUCAGGUCUUCACAUUCGCCGGCCAGCUGCUGCCACUGCAGAUGGACGACACGGAGAGCGGCCUCCUCAGCGCCAUCUGCCUCGUCUCUGGAGACCGACAGGACCUGGAAGAGCCGUCUAAGGUGGAGGUGCUGCAGGAGCCGCUGCUGGAGGCGCUGAAGAUAUACUCCCGCAGAAGGCGGCCCAGCAUGCCCCUCAUGUUCCCCAAAGCCCUCAUGAAGAUCACUGACCUGCGCAGCAUCAGCGCCAAAGGAGCUGAGAGGGUGGUGACUCUGAAGAUGGAGAUCCCGGGCUCCAUGCCGCCUCUGAUCGAGGAGAUGCUGGAGGAUCUGCAGGAGCUGGAGAAACACUCUGAGGAGAGCAGAGCGGAGGCCAGCACCAGCCAGCACUCCCACACACCGCCUCCUCACAGUACAUGAUCUCUUCUGACUCUGUACUCUGAAGUCGCUCAAAAGAACAUUGGCUCCCGUCUUCCCUCCCAGAGAAAACACUAACAAUAUCAACUACAGAUGCAGUCCAGAGGGUUGCUAGUGUCUUACCUCAGUUUCACAGAUUGGUUGGCAAAGACGCCACUGUGUUCAGUUGUCACACUAGUGACCACGCUGAUGAACGAAGAGCUAAUUUCUGCUUCGAGGGGAAAAAAAGAGAAUGACGCAGUAACGUUUUAAUUUGUCACAAUUGCAUUUUUUAACCCCUCCUGGCAGACACCUCAUAACCACUGGGAAUCACACAGGUUUCUACUGUAUUUAUAUUUGCAUGAGAUAUCACAUGGAUUCAUUUUUACCUCAUUAAAUAACAAUGCCUUUAGCAUUAGUCUAGCAAAUUUAGUAAACAUAUGGAACAUAAACUUAGCACAAAAAGUAAGGAAAUUUGUGUUUGGUAGAUUAUU